UUCUUAUCUCGCCUUUUGAGAGGUAUAGAUCAUCACCAUGAUCAACUACGUAAUGCUAGUCUCCCGACAAGGGAAAGUCAGAUUGGCAAAGUGGUUCCAGACUUUACCUAGCAAGACAAAAACCAAGAUUGUUAAGGAUGUCACUCAGCUCGUCCUUGCUAGAAGAACGAGAAUGUGUAAUUUUCUUGAAUAUAAAGAUACCAAAAUCAUUUACCGUCGUUACGCCUCAUUAUUCUUCGUCUGCUCAAUUUCUACAUCCGACAACGAACUCAUCACACUCGAGGUGAUCCAUCGAUACGUCGAAGUGCUCGAUCGGUAUUUUGGUAAUGUGUGCGAACUGGAUUUGAUUUUCAACUUCCAAAAGGCGUAUGCUAUUUUGGACGAACUCAUCAUUGCUGGGGAAUUACAGGAAUCUUCUAAGAAGGCAGUGCUGCGGAUCGUCGCGCAGUCCGACGCGAUAGAAGAGGCCGAGACGUCGGAAGACUCUUUGGCUCGUUUGGGCAGUUUGACUGGUAUCCGGGCGUGAAUAGAUGAUAAUGUGCAAAUCCUCAUGGACCCAUGUAUACAAUACGCAC